AUGACGGCCUCCCCUGCAGGGUCUGCAAGCAGCCAAGCGAUGGAGGGCAGCCAGUCAGGGCUCAGCCCAGUGCCUGGCAAAGCUGGGAGCCCUCUGCUCCUGUGCAGAGUCUGCGGGGACACCAGCAGCGGGAAGCACUACGGCAUCUACGCUUGCAACGGCUGCAGCGGGUUCUUCAAGCGCAGCGUCCGCAGGAAGCUCAUCUACAGAUGCCAGGCUGGCACAGGGAUGUGCCCAGUGGACAAAGUGCACAGGAACCAAUGCCAAGCCUGUCGGCUGAAGAAAUGCCUCCAAGCUGGGAUGAACAAAGAUGCCGUACAGAACGAACGCCAGCCCCGAAGCACCGUGCAGGUGCAGCUUGAUGCUACCGCUACCCUGGAUCCUGACCGGCCACCUGGGCACCCGAUGACCACGUGGGAAGUGCCCACAGCGCCCUGCCCUUCUCUGCAUAGCCCUCAAGCCCCCGGCUCCUGCUCCGUGACCGGGGCUUCCAGAUCCCGGGCCCCGACGCCCCCCAGUAACCACCGCUUCAUGGCCAGCCUGAUGACAGCGGAGACCUGUGCCAAGCUGGAACCUGAGGACGCAGAUGAGAACAUCGAUGUGACAAGCAAUGAGCCGGAGCGCGCUGCGGGAGAGUCCCAGACAUCCCUGUACCCAGCCACCAGCCCCGAGAGCGUCUACGAAACCUCCGCCCGCCUCCUCUUCAUGGCUGUCAAAUGGGCUAAGAAUUUGCCUGUCUUCUCAAACCUGCCCUUCCGAGACCAGGUGAUCUUACUGGAGGAAGCCUGGAGCGAACUCUUCCUUCUCUGCGCCAUUCAGUGGUCGCUGCCCCUGGAGAGCUGCCCUCUUCUCUCCGUCUCAGAGCUGGCCCCGGCCCUCAACGGGAAGUUGGCGUCUGCCAGUGCGGACCUCUGCUCCCUGCAGGAAAUAAUUGUGCGCUACAAAGCCCUGGCGGUGGACCCUACUGAGUUUGCUUGCUUGAAAGCGAUCGUGCUCUUCAAACCAGAAACCCGAGGCCUGAAGGAUCCAGAGCAGGUGGAGAACUUGCAGGAUCAGUCCCAGGUGAUGCUGGGACAACAUUGCCAGACGCACUACCCUGGCCAGCCUGUCAGGUUCGGGAAGCUCCUGUUGCUUCUGCCUGCUUUGAAAUUUGUUUCUUCAGACCGGAUCGAGCUGCUUUUUUUCCGCAGAACCAUCGGAAACACCCCCAUGGAAAAGCUGCUCUGCGACAUGUUCAAAAACUGA